UUCUUUCUCUUUUUCGCCUUCACCGACGAGUUGCGGUCGCUAGAUUUGUAAAUUUCUACAAAAAACCCAAUAAAAUGGAGAACGACGCCGGUGAGAAUGUUGAUCUGUACGUGCCCCGCAAAUGCUCGGCGUCCAACAGGAUCAUCCACGCCAAGGAUCACGCCUCCGUGCAGCUGAGCAUCGUGGAUGUGGACCCCGAGACCGGUCGCCAGACCGACGGUUCCAAGACCUACGCCAUCUGCGGCGAGAUCCGUCGCAUGGGCGAGUCCGACGACUGCAUCGUGCGUCUGGCCAAGAAGGACGGCAUCAUUACCAAGAACUUCUAAGCGUGGCGUACCCAUAGCUAGAUUUUGAUUUGGUAAUAAAGCGAUUUCCCUUUGUAAUUUAACGUAUAACGUUCGAAAUUGUUUUAUUUACUUCUGGCAUAAACAAUGGAAUCAUUUUUCGGUGGCAGUUAGAACCAGGAUUAGCUCAAAGCAAAGCAUAACUAAGAUGCUUAGUGUGUGGAGUAAUUAUUCUGACUUCCAAUAAGACUUUUCAGCCACUAAGAAUUUACGGGUGCUUUCAGGAACCAAUUAAUUUGAUAUUUGAAUAAGUUCGCCUAUGGGAAUUCUAGUGUUCUAUAUCCAAAAUAGCAUAUGCUUUGUAUUACGAUUAUAAACAAACAGCAAUCCUUUGUCAAAACAGAAUAUGAAAUAUAUAACUCUUCGUCCGC